CAUCCAAUCCGAAGACAUUGUAUAGAAUACCAUGUAGUUCGCUUGCUCGAACUCAUAUCACGAGUAUUUAAAGAAAGGUUUCACAAAAAGGAAACAAAAAUAGAAGUUCGACCCUGCCGCCGAGCCGCCACUGAGUUAACCUUGCGUUUCGUUCCUCGCGCCAGGCGUCAGGUGAUUCAUUCUUCGCUUUCUCGUGCUCGUGUUCACAUUCACAUCGUUGUCUUGCGUUUUUCGACGAUUUUGGUAUCUGAGCUUGUGCAUGUUUUUGGCGUUGUCGACCAUAGGCCUUUUUCGCCCGUAUGUAAUUUUUUACUACACAUGGGCAAGUCCAACAAGCGGCAUCGCUCUAGGAGCAGGGGGACGUCAAAAAGCGACCUACGAAAACGCCUUCGUAGGCUUGAGAGACUUUUAGAGGAUAAGGAAAAUGUGGACGGCGGCCAUGACAGGCAGUCUCGGCCUCCUUUUCGUGCUAUUAAUAGAAGAUCGGAUUCCCGGUCUAAACGCGACUGCUCUGAUUGCAGUUACAGCAGCGUUGAAAGCUUAAGCAUUGCUGAUGUUCCAUCAACAAGUAGGCAUCUUAGACGAAGACGUUCUUUGUCUGCUGAGGCUUCGUUAAGCCUUUCGCCUGCUCCUUCUUUAAGGGCAGGUGACAAAUCCCAGACUUCUUUAAGUCUUUCUCCUCACUGUGAGGCUGAGGACCUACACGGAGCGGAUGGUAGACCAAAGCCUAGAGCUCCUUUGAACUCGACUAACGGCCCUGAGACCGAAUUGGAAGAAAAUGUACUCAUCAUCGACGACGGCUCUUUAGCCCUUGAUGAUUUUGGAGACGUUUUAGGAAAUGAUUGCCCUAGUACUCCAGUUAAGGCGGACUGUUUACAUGAGGCACUUUCCUCAAGGUGGAACUACAUUGUAACAAAUGGCCUUUCGCAGGAAAAUUUACUUUCCUUAACUCAACGUUAUGCAGUCCCGGAGAACUGUCCGACACUUAACUCACCUAAGCUAAAUCCCGAAGUUUUAGCAAUUUUGGCCAACGAUCGGGUGGCUCGGGACAAUUUUAAUAAAAGUAUCCAAACGAAACUCGCAACGGUUUUGGGAGCUAUGGGAAAGUCUUUGACAGCUUUGCUGAAUGACAAUCCUAUUCCAAAAAAGUUACGUGAUGAAAUUGUAGCCCCUUUGGGUGAUGCUAGUCGUUUACUGGCGCACACCUUUCACGACAUCUCUGACUCUAGGCGUAAUUUGAUUUUACCAACCCUUAACAAAAACAUUAGGGAGGUUCUAGGGAGAACUAAACCAGGAGAUUUCCUUUUUGGAUCAGAUGUUUCAGAGAGCGUCAGGGAAGCUAAGUCUCUACAGAACGCAGGAAAGGAAUUAAAGGCGGCUACUCCUUUGCAAUUCUCAGCUUCAUACAGAGGUGGUAGGAACUCUGGGCGAAUUCGUUUGAAGCCUGUGUUCACAUCAGCGAAAGACCAGCGUUCUUUAAACCGUUACGGCCCGACUCGUCAAAAGGGACAGUCGAGAUCAUUCCGAGGCCAGCAGUCCCAUCAGAAGCAGGGGAAAUACAGACGAUAGAG